AUGGCUAUCGCCCCGUGGGAAAUAGGGCACCUGCCCGCAGUUAAAGAGCAACGCGAGGCGGGCUGGGACGAUGUCAUGGCGAAGCUCGACGACAGGUGCCGAACCUGGUGGCCGAAGUUUCUCGCAGAAUACGACGCGCUCGUCGAGUCUGUGCUCGGGGAGGGCGUGAAGCUCGGCGCGUGGCAUCUCCAACUGAUCGGCAUCAGGCAGUCUUGCCAGAGGCACGGCGCGGGCCGGGCUCUGCUCGAGGCUGUCGAAGCCGUGGCGCGUGAGGAGAAAGUGCCGAGCUGCCUUGAGACAACGGCCGGCGGGACGGGGGAGAAGAUAUAUGAAGCGUUUGGGUACACGAUGCAAGGUGCCGGGCCCGUCACAUGGACGAACGGUAAACAGGUGCAGUUCAAAGUGUUCAUCAAGCACACGGAGAAGGAGUAA